UUUUUUUCUUAUAAAUUCAUUCUUCCAUGGAGAAUUUAGAAGAAAAAAGUGAGAUAUACCUUUUAAUAAUUUGACUAAAAUUUCAACAUAACUGGUAUAAAUUUUGAGGAACAAAGAAUUCACCAUAGUUUUUUCCUUCAACAUGUUCACGAAUUAGAGUUUUAUUAUGCCGAUUUUUGGAUUAAUAAGACAUAAAAUAAAAGUAUUCGUAAGAUGAUUAUGCCUGCAUGUGCGGGCAAAACAGCUAGUUUAAACAGUAUUAUCAAAAUCAAACUAUAUUAUUUUUCUUUUUGUUGGGUUUAUAUAUUCUCUGGGUGAAAAAAACCCGUCAUCGGUGACAACUCACGUUUGCACUUGCCAUAGGCACUCAAGCCCUAAGCUAGCUUAAGCUAUCCCUACUACCACUACUAGAAACCCUUCAAAUAAAUCUCUAUAAGUAGAAACCCUCUGAGAUCUCUUCUUUCCUCAUAUACAUUCAUACACACACCACAUUAACUACUUCAACUGCAAUCUAUCUCUCUCUCCCUUUCUAUUGUCUUUCUAUAUAUAGAAACUAGGUGCAAUAUCUUGUCAUUUUAAUGGCUAAGUUAAGCUUCUCCUUAUGCUUCUUGUUGUUUCUUCUGCUAGCCUCAGUUGCCACCGGAAGCCGCCCUCUCGAGCAGACUCCAGUCGUGGUGAAGGUGAGAGAGUUAAGCACUUCUAUUGAGUCUACGAACCCAACUGUAGCAGAUGGUCAAGCUUCAGGGGGUAGUGGCAGUCAGGUAAAAACUCCGGAGCGUUUAAGCCCAGGAGGAUCGGACCCGGAACAUCAUUAGGGUUUCCUUUCAAACUGAGAGUUGUUCUCAUUUUCUUCCAGAUGUGUAUUUCUUAUUAUCAAUAAUUUGGUUGCAAUGAAUCUGUUUUUUUCCUUUGUCAUAAGAUAUGAAUACGUGUUUGUAAGAUCGUCACAAAGGUAUAACAGUUGUAUUGACACAUAAUACAUUAUUCUAAGUUUCCUUAUCGUACGUUAGAUAUUGAAUUUCGCUAUUUUACGUUACAUAUUCUAUAUUUUGUUUUGCUUUGACUGAGACAAGGACCGUAUCACUAGUAUCCUUUACCUUUUGGAACACGUUUUUCUUUUAGCUCUAUUACUUUGUGCCUUUACGAUAUAUAUAUAGCAAUGCAAGGGACUUUGAUUUGGAUGGUCCUGCAUAUUUAGAUGGUCCUGCAUAAAACACGAUAUCACUUUGAGCCUUUACAAUAUAUAUAGCAAUGCAAGGUGUGAGCCUGCCUUAUGAUUAUAUCGUGUUUUAUGCCGAUUGUGACCAGCAUGUUGAAAAGCAAAAGUAACACGAACAAGUAAGUUUUAACUUCUAACAAAAACACACAAAAAUCAAGCAAAUACGUAUUCUUUCUUUGUUUUUAACCGAAAGACAGUAGAAUGGCUUGAAUGCACAAUUUACAUGUGGUCGAUUUAGAUUGUCCGGGCAUAGUAGAUCAUUAAGCCGCAUUUUAAAUUGAUGGUGAUUAGCUUAUCAAAGAAAGGAUUAAACAGUUGAAGAGAAUGAUUAAAAAAAAACAAAUUCAAGUUGCAUAUCUUAUAUUCACCUCCGGAUUCUUAACUGAUAGGAACCUUUUCGGAUUAAAGGAGCUUCUUACAUUAACGAAAAAGUAAACACUAUUGGAAGCAAUAUAUUAGAAUGGUUUUUGAUUUCUUAUCAUAGUUAAAUCGUGUAUUAGUUAGUAUAUAUACGGGAAAUCUAUAAAUAUAACACUAGAAAGUUGAUUUUGAUAUAUAAUCUAAGUUCUAUAAAAUAGAGAUUAGCUGAUUUAACAAAUAUUCAAUAUAUAAAAUUUAAUUUCUAUAACUAAGAGUAAAUUUUUUAGCAAAACAAAAAAAAAACUAAAAGUAAAUUGAUGGCUGAUUAAGUAAUCUUUGACGGCUGAUUAAGUAGUGUAAGUAAUCUUCAAAUUUUUAUGGGCGAUACUACAUCGCUCUUCAUUAUCUCUGUGGUAAAAUCUUCUAUUGAAGUCAAAGAUUUGUAUUCGAGUAUUGAUUAACAAAAAAUUGAUGUGCUGCCAAUAAAAUGUUGUAGUAAUUGACCAAUCGAUGCGCUGUAUAAUAUUUGGCUUAAAGAAAAAGUUGCUAACACAGUGAAACCCUUGAUGCCAUGUUAUCUGGAUUUGGAUAAGAAAAGCUUCAGUAAAAAACGCACGUUACAGUAUAAAGAACCUGCAGUUAAUUGGAAAUUUACCCUUUUAACUAAAAUCAAUUUGACCUCACUACACAAUCACCUACAAUUUGUAGGCUACAAAAGUAAUAAAGAUUUUAAUACUUUUUCUCAUUUAAUUGUCUGAAUAUUCUUCUUGUAAUGAAAUCUUUUGAUGAAUGAGAUAUUUGAACAUACGUAAGUUAUAAAUCUAAAUCCUUUCACAAAAAAAAAAAAAAAAAAAAAAAAACUGAUUCACCAAUCUAAAACCACAAAUGUAAGUGCUCUUGGCCUUCAACAAGAGUAAUUUUCAUAUUUUGUACUCCUUUCCUUUUCUAUCUUUUUUUUUGAGAAAUUUUCUUUUUCUAUCUUAUCGGAAUUUCAUGAAUCACUCUCUUCGUCUAUUACCAUUACCUCGUUUUAAAAACUCUCUCUCUCUCUCUCUCUCUCUCUCUCUCUCUCUCUCUCUCUCUC